CACACAUGCAGAGUGAGAGCUCUUCACUUUCCUCUGCUCUCUGCCUGUGAGGCACGCGGGCUCCGCCACUGUGUCUGCUUUGAUUGUUGUGGCUUCUUGUCAUCCCGGUGAAAGUUAGCCUCGCAGUCAGGUCAUCUUAUUUUGCUGUAAUACUCGAGAAUUAUGGCAGACUCUCAAGAGGACAAGCUUUACAGAGCCGAGUACGCCAAAAGCGGCCGCGCAUCAUGCAAGAAAUGCAAGGAAAACAUCGCUAAAGACUCGCUGCGAAUGGCCAUCAUGGUGCAGUCGCCGAUGUUCGAUGGGAAGGUUCCCCACUGGCACCACUUUUCAUGCUUCUGGCAGCGAGCAGCUGCUCAAUCCACGGCUGAUAUUGCAGGCUUUUCUGACCUGCGCUGGCCGGACCAGGAGAAGGUCAAGAAGGCCAUCGAAAGUGGGGGAGCUGCAGGAGGCAAAGGGGACCAGAAGGGCGGAGCUAAAGGAGAGAAGUCACUGAAUGAUUUUGCGGUGGAGUACGCCAAGUCAAACCGCAGCACAUGCAAAGGCUGUGAGCAGAAAAUAGAAAAGGACCAGAUUCGUGUGUCCAAGAAGACUGUGGACCCAGAGAAGCCCCAGCUGGGUUUGAUAGACCGCUGGUACCACACGGCCUGUUUUGUGAGCCGCAGGGAGGAGCUGGCCUUCAAGCCUGAAUACAGCGCCACUCAGCUCAAAGGUUUCAACGCACUGCGAGCCGAGGACAAAGAGGAGCUGACCAAGAGGCUUCCUGCUGUCAAAUCUGAAGGAAAGAGGAAAAGUGAUGAGGUGGAUGGGGUCUCAAAGAAACAGAAGAAGGCGGAAGAUGAGGAGAAGAAAAAGCUUGAAGAGCAGUUGAAGGAGCAAAGUCAGCUGAUCUGGGGAAUCAAGGACAAGCUGAAAAAGUACUGCUCCACCAACGACAUGAAGGAGCUGCUAAUUGCAAAUGGCCAGGAGGUUCCUUCUGGAGAGUCCAAUGUGGUGGACAGCCUGGCAGACGGCAUGGCUUUUGGAGCUCUAGAGCCAUGCAAGGAGUGCAGCGGCCAGCUGGUGUUCAAGGGUGAUGCUUAUUACUGCACUGGCAACAUCUCAGCCUGGACAAAGUGUGUGUUCAAAAUCACCAAGCCCAUACGUCAAGACUGGGUCAUCCCCAAGGAAUUCCACGAGGUUCCCUUCUUGAAAAAAUUCAAAUUCAAGCGACAGGACAGAUUGUAUCCCAAGGUGGCCCCGGCCCCAACCCCGACUGCAGCUACAGCUGAACCACGGGCCAGUGCGUCCAGCGCCCCCACUAAAUCACUACCUGAGGGAGCGCCUGCAGACAAACCUCUUACAGGUAUGAAGCUUUUGGCUGUGGGCAAACUGACCAAGAACAAGGAUGAACUGAAGUCUGCUGUGGAGGAGCUGGGAGGGAAGAUAACUGGCACAGCUAAUAAGGCUGCUCUCUGUCUCAGCACCAAGAAGGAGGUGGAGAAAAUGAGCAAGAAGAUGGAGGAAGUGAAAGAGGCUGGCGUGCGUGUGGUCUCUGAGGAUUUCAUCACAGACAUCAAGUCAUCUGGAAAAGCCCUCCAGGAGCUGGUGUCCCUGCAUGCUAUCUCGCCCUGGGGGGCAGAGGUCAAACUCGAGGCCCAGGCUGCACCAGUGGCCUCCAAGUCUGGAGCAGUGGCCACCAAGAGCACAGGCAGAGUGAAAGAAGAGGAAGGUGGCAGCAAAGCCAAGAAGAUGAAACUUACAGUCAAAGGAGGAGCUGCUGUGGACCCGGACUCAGGCCUGGAGAACAGUGCCCAUGUGCUGGAGCAGAGUGGGAAGAUGUACAGUGCUACUCUGGGUCUUGUGGACAUUGUCCGAGGAACCAACUCCUACUACAAACUGCAGCUGCUGGAGGAUGAUGUACAGAAACGGUACUGGGUGUUCAGGUCCUGGGGCAGAGUUGGCACCACCAUCGGAGGCAACAAGCUCGACAAGUUCCAUGAUAAAAACUCUGCCAUGGACAACUUCCUGGGUGUGUACAAGGAGAAGACGGGCAACGCCUGGGGCUCCACCAACUUCACCAAGUACCCCAAUAAGUUCUACCCUCUGGAGAUUGACUAUGGGCAGGACGAGGAGGCGGUGAAGAAGCUGACAGCCUCCGCUGGCACCAAGUCUCAGCUGGCCAAACCUGUCCAGGAACUGAUCAGGAUGAUCUUUGAUGUGGAGAGCAUGAAGAAGGCCAUGGUGGAGUUUGAGAUUGAUCUCCAGAAGAUGCCCCUUGGAAAGCUGAGUAAGAGGCAGAUUCAGAGUGCCUACGCCCUGCUGAGUGAGGUGCAGCAGGCUGUGGCAGAAUGUGUUCCUGAGGCCCAGAUUCUGGACCUGUCCAACCGCUUCUACACACUCAUACCUCAUGACUUUGGCAUGAAGAAGCCUCCGCUGCUCAGCAACUUGGACUACAUUCAGGCUAAAGUUCAGAUGUUGGACAACCUGUUGGACAUCGAAGUGGCCUACAGCCUCCUGAGAGGAGGCGCUGAGGACAAUGAAAAUGAUCCCAUUGACAUCAACUAUGAAAAACUCAAAACCAAGAUUGAGGUUGUUGAUAAGAGCACAGAGGAGGCUGACACAAUUUUGCAAUAUGUCAAGAACACACAUGCUGCUACACACAACACUUAUACACUGGAAGUACAAGAGAUCUUCAAAAUUGUUCGAGAAGGAGAGUACCAGCGGUACCGUCCCUUCAAGGACAUGCAUAAUCGCCAGUUGCUGUGGCACGGCUCACGCACCACCAACUAUGCUGGUAUCUUGUCUCAGGGUCUUCGCAUUGCCCCGCCAGAGGCCCCAGUGACGGGUUACAUGUUUGGCAAAGGUGUGUACUUUGCCGACAUGGUGUCCAAGAGUGCCAACUACUGCCACACCUCCCAGUCAGACCCCGUUGGUCUCAUCCUGCUGGGAGAGGUUGCCCUUGGCAACAUGCAUGAACUGAAGAAGGCCUCACACAUUACAAAGUUACCUAAGGGCAAACACAGUGUUAAAGGUUUGGGUCGAACUGCCCCUGAUCCAGCUGCUACUGUCUCUUUAGAUGGGGUGCAAGUGCCUCUGGAAGGAACCCAUACUAACAUUGAUGAUACAAGUCUUCUGUACAACGAGUACAUUGUGUAUGAUGUUGCACAGGUGAACCUGAAGUACCUCCUGAAGAUCAAGUUUAACUACCAGUCCUCCUUGUGGUGAGGGGCUGUGGCCAAAGCCUCCCAAGUGGAUACAAAGAACACUGUUGCCUCCAGAGCGCCCGGGCUUCAUUUUCUGCAACAGAGGAUAAUGUUUGGCAAAGGACUGAUGCUAUACCUUGCUUUGUAUUGUUCGUUGGAAAUCCCUAGACACUUUUUCGCUUACAUAUCAGGUUCAUAUACUAGCUGGCAGCGUUCCUCACUCCUGGUAUGUUGCUUUAUGCACUUAAGUACCUGAUCCAGACUGGAAUCAGCUCAAUGGUUGAAGUGCUCUGCAUACUGUAUGGAAAGAUUUUGGUCAAGAAAGAAAAUCAGCCAUGGCUUGCGGUUUUCCGUCUCUAGGUAGCGUUUACUUUGAGUGUGUUCCUCAUCCUUUAAUAAAUCUGAGCAGUUAAUAAGGCAUAGUACAGCACGUUUAGAAGGACUUGGGUCAUGUGAACAACCAAACUGAAGACGUAUACCACCACAAUUGUUUUUUUUUUUUUUGUUUUGUUUUGUUUUGUUUUGUUUUCUAGGGAUUAUGAACCUUUUGUAGAUUGAGUUAAAGGGUUCAUUACGAAGUCUGACAUGUACAUAUUUCAUUUGUUGUUUGUCUCACAAACUAUCCUCUUUGUCAAGAAUGAUUCCAUAAAAAAUAGACAUUGUGGUUAGUGUUUAGACCAAGUAUUCUGUAACAGAAAAAAGAUGUGCUACAUUUUUCUUAGUCUUUUCUUUUCCCUGCUUACCCCAGAUUAAAACCCUUUUGAGAAUCCCUGACAAUGUU